AGUUCGUGGACUAAGCUAUGCCAGUUCAUGGAAUAACUGUUGGUCGUUAGCUGGCUGUCUGUGCCCCCUUGCUGGACUUGACUUUUUUGUCACACUGCGCCAGUUAAUACUUUUAAUGGUGAUACUGUAUUAAUUUGACUUUCAACAUAGCUUCUUCAGCGAACAGGAUCAACUAGAAGAUGGCUAUUGCUGCCAGAACGUUUUCAAAAUUUACAGUUAGGAAUUGUGGAAAUUUAUUGCGGUCCCAAGUGAGAUUUAAUUAUAUAGAAACUAGGAAAAAUUUAAAAAUUGAUGCAAAUACCAAAGUGAUAUGCCAAGGGUUUACUGGGAAGCAAGGAACUUUUCAUUCUCGGCAAGCUCUUGAUUAUGGUACAAAGAUAGUGGGUGGAGUUAAUCCAAAGAAAGCAGGCACACAACAUCUUGGGAAAUCAGUAUUCAAGUCAGUUAAGGAGGCAAAGGAUGUAACUGGAGCUACGGCAACAGUCAUUUAUGUGCCUCCUCCAGGUGCAGCAUCAGCCAUCUUAGAAGCUAUGGAUGCUGAAAUGCCAUUAAUUGUUUGCAUUACAGAAGGUAUACCUCAACAUGACAUGGUCAAAGUGAAAAGGCGUUUACUUGAACAAAAUAAAUCCCGUUUAAUUGGCCCAAAUUGUCCUGGGAUAAUAGCACCUGAACAAUGUAAAAUUGGUAUCAUGCCAGGUCAUAUACACCAAAAAGGGAAGAUCGGUAUAGUCUCAAGAUCGGGAACUUUAACUUACGAGGCUGUGAAUCAAACGACGCUUGCUGGACUUGGGCAAACGUUAUGUGUUGGUAUCGGAGGUGAUCCAUUUAAUGGUACUGAUUUUAUCGACUGUUUAGACAUAUUUCUCACGGAUCCAGAAUGUGAUGGUAUCAUUAUGAUAGGAGAAAUCGGUGGUAGCGCGGAAGAACUGGCAGCAGAAUACCUCAUCGAGCAUAACACUGGUGCCAAAAUUAAACCUGUAGUAUCAUUUAUUGCUGGUCUUACCGCACCACCUGGCCGAAGAAUGGGUCACGCUGGCGCCAUAAUCUCCGGAGGAAAAGGUGGCGCGCAAGAUAAAAUUAAUGCACUCGAAAAGGCUGGUGUGAUAGUAACAAGGAGUCCUGCGCAAAUGGGCAAUGAGCUUCUGAAGGUAAUGACACGGUUGGGUUUGGUUCAAUAAUUUGAAACACAUAUUGCUACAAUUCCGUGUAGUCUCUUUCGUGUCCGUGUAUCUUCAUGAAAUCAAUUGAAAGUAUUGCGGCAAGUCGUGCGGCAAAAUAACUCGCAGAAGUAGCAUAACAUACUGAAACGUUGGAAAUUUCUAUCACCAAUAAUGACUGUUUUCAUAGGACAUCGAUCAAUGCUGUUAUUGUUAAGGCUUAAAAUCAGUAUAUGGAAAAUAACUUAUAUUUUUUAAAGAACUGGGUUUAUUUCAAACAAGCAUAGUUAUAAUACUUUUGCAGAGUCAGCUGUUAUGUUAAUAUAGUGACAAGUGUCCAAUAAUAAUUUAUAAAUUAUCCAAAAAAACGUCAACUGCCAUUGAUCUGUCACUGAUGCAAAAUUAUAAAUUUUUCUAUAAUAUUUAACUAUAGUUUUAAAGAAUGGUUGUUCAAACAUAAUGUACUAUUACUGUAAAUCAAGCAUAUAU